AUGAUGCAACAACAAAACAACAUCCUCCAACAGCAGCAGCAUCAAGAACAACAGCUGCUCCUCGAACGACAGAAUCAGCAAAAACUAGAACUGAAGCAGCAGCAGAAACAACACUUACAACAGCUUCACCUCCAGUUGAAUCCUCCACGCGUUAACGGGCUGGUGGCCUCGGGCGCUCUCCCAGUCCGUCAGGCGCUCCAGACACAUAUUGCUUCAUCGGGCGAGAAGCCGCCGGAGACCAAAGAGGAGGCGCGAGCUGCCCUUGAGAUGAUGUUCCAGAUCCGAGCAGACAAAAUCCGCCGAGCCAUCGAAGAAGGCAAGCUGGCCACCACUGAGGCAUUACAGCACAAGGUCAUACGACGCCGCGAAAGUGUCUUCGAAGAAAUCUUCGAUCGGACUAACAUGUUUGUCCUCCCCCUCUUUUCUUUGCAUGCAUUACGAAAAAAGAAGUUCCCUAAGGAUCGAUCGAUGAGCGCACCCUCGGAACGGGUCACCUUUUCUGACAUUACCCAGUACCACACAGCUGCUACUGCUACUGCUGCGCGCCCACCACAAUCAUUGAUGUCCGGAAACAUAUCUCAGCACCCAUGGCACCCUUCUCCUGCUCAUGGUCAUGUUCAUCCUCUCUAUCCCCACCCAUCAUCAGCUGCAAUCAUCCAUCAGGAGCCACUCUCGAUACACCGUCAUGGCAAUACCACAGGCUACACCGCACCGAUCAACAAUGACACCGCCAAUGUACAGCAAGGACCAGGUGCAGGAACAACAGCAGAGGACCCUAUGGUGAUCGAGGCCGAGGAACAGGGUCUGCAUGAUACGACUUUUGGCCUGUCGGAUGACGAUAUCAUGUCGAGCUUUACCGAUUUUACUGCCAAGCUGGGGGACUCGUUACUGGCUCGGGGUGUCCCGCGAUUCUGGGAUAUGGGCGGCACUACCACGGGUGCUGCCUCUGCUGAUACUGUUCCUCCUCCUCCUCCUGGAUACAACUCAUUCGGUAUCAAUGUCAACCAGCAUGAUAGUAAUAACAGAGUGGCAGCAGCUGCAGUAGGAGGAGUACCACAGGAACCACCACUGGAGAUGAUGAUGGUCGAUACUGUACUCCCCACUCUCUCUCCGACAGCUUCGAGCGAAUCACAAUCGCCCUCGCCAUGGAUCCCUUGGCAUGGACUUAGUACUCACGAGCGGCAUGAUUCGGUGGCAAAUUCUCUUUCCGGGGCUACUGGACCUGGUCCCAUGGCUGUCCAUCCAUUCGCUCAGGCUCAGACCCAAGCUCAACACACAGUCGCAACGACCAAUUUGUCACCAUCUCAGGCUCAGCAACACGGCCCCAUGUCAACCUUAGUCAUGUCCCAGCAACAACAGCCAGAUCAGCUAUCAUAUCCGAGCUUGUUUUCCAAGGAUUCACGAAACCAAGGUCCUCGAAACCCAUCUACGUUUGGAGUGGAUGUCCAUUCCGUCCAGAUCCAUCCACAAGGAGGCUUUGGUCUUGGCGAGCAAGGAGUUCAAGGAGGAGGAGGAGGGUCGUAUAUGGGCGAGAAGCAGGUUGAGGCAUGGAAUCAGUAUUUGCAGUACUUGCUUCACCUGCAAGAGUUUUCCGAACACCAUUUUCAAAAUCAAGGAAACAACCCUUUGAUCCCUGCUGAGCAUGGACAACAAAUUCAGCAGCACAUUCAACAAGAUCCUUUCAUUCAACAACAGCAGCAAACAGGUGGUGCCGUUCUGUCAAUUGCCAGUUCUCCUCAAUCAAGUGUAAUGAUGGACCCGCACUGGCAGGCGACGAUGAUGACGAUGAUGUUGGACCAGAACCCGACCCGUGAGGCGAUCCAUGGACUCGACCGGCAGCCUGGAUUCAAUAUUGCGAACACUGUUGGUGGCGGUAUUGUUAGCAGUGGUGAGAGGAUGACUUCUGCUUCGACCUUUCCCCCCACCGGCGCACACCUUGCCAUGUAG